CGCGAGGUCUCCCGUCAUGCUGUGGGUGUGUGUGCAGUGUGUGUGCAGUGUUGCUGUGUCAGUGCGUGCAGGGAUCGCUGUCUCUCAUCAGUCAUAAUGUCCGGCAGUAACUCAUACAGACUGCGCUGCUCUCUCGCCGCGCAUGAGAUGGAUGUCAGGGGGCUCGCCGCCGUCGCGUUUCCAGACGGAGCCUUUGUGUCCGUGUCCAGAGACCGAACCGCGCGGGUCUGGGUACCAAACCCAAGUGAAAACCAGGUUUUUACAGAGAUGCACUGUAUGAACGGCCACUCAAACUUUGUGUCUUGCGUGUGUAUCAUCGCUCCUAAUGAAACAUACCCCCGAGGACUCAUCGCCACUGGAGGACAUGACAAUAACAUCUGUGUGUUUUCACUAGACCGACCAGACCCUCUGUUCACCCUCAAGGGUCACAAAAACACAGUCUGCACACUCUCAGCUGGCAAGUUUGGCACAAUACUAAGUGGCUCAUGGGACACUACAGCCAAAGUCUGGCUUGGAGAGAAGUGCAUGAUGACUUUACAGGGACACAGUGCCGCUGUAUGGGCCGUAGUCAUUUUACCAGAGCAGGGCUUAAUGCUGUCUGGAUCAGCUGACAAGACCAUCAAGCUAUGGAAGGCUGGUCACUGUGAGAACACCUACACUGGUCAUGAGGAUUGUGUGCGAGGGCUCGCUGUGAUAAACGAGGUGGAGUUUUUCUCCUGCAGUAAUGACGCCAGCAUUAGACGGUGGAUGGUGACGGGUGAAUGUGUGCAGGUUUACUCUGGUCACACUAACUACAUCUACAGCCUUGCUGUCUUCCCUAACGGACAAGACUUCAUAAGCACAGGAGAGGACAGGACACUGAGGGUCUGGAGGAAGGGGGAAUGUUCCCAGACUAUCCGUCUUCCUGCCCAGUCGGUGUGGUGCUGCUGCAUUCUGCCUGAUGGAGACAUUGCUGUGGGAGCCAGCGAUGGCGUUAUCCGCGUGUUCACCGAGAGCGAAGAGCGUGUAGCAAGUGCUCAGGACCUGCAGGCUUUUGAGGAUGAGCUCUCCAAAGCCAUCAUCGACCCCAAGACUGGAGAUUUGGGUGACAUCAAGGUAGAGGACUUACCUGGCAGAGAGCACCUGAAUGAACCAGGGAAUCGGGAUGGCCAGACGCGGCUCAUAAAGGAAGGUUCUAAUGUUGAAGCGUAUCAGUGGAGCGUGAGUGACGGACGCUGGGUGAAGAUCGGAGAUGUAGUGGGCGGGUCUUCUCAGCAAAAUUCAAAGCGAGUGAUGUAUGAAGGUGGCAGUGCCUAUUCCUCUUCUUCUGCUCCGAAAGCUACGACAAACAUCUUCUUCCCCAACACGGAUGGAGUUAUGUUUGAACAGGCGAAUACAACUCAGAUUCUUGGUAAGCUUCAGGAGCUGAACAACACUGCUCCUGCAGACCGUAAGCUGAGUGACGCAGCACUGGACUGUCUGGAGAAAUUGUUGCUUCUAGUUGCAGACCAGAAGAGUCAGGAGCAGCCCACGGCAGAGCAGAUCAGUGUUCUGUGGAGGACUAGCCACUGGCCAGAAGAUAUUGUCUUCCCAGUGUUGGACAUCCUGCGUUUGGCUGUGCGCCAUCCAGAAGUCAACGCCCAGCUUUGUGGUGGGACUGAAGGUGCCAGUCUUUGCAACCAUCUCCUGGGUCUCAUGUCUCCUGAGGGCAGGCCCGCAAAUCAGAUGCUGGCGCUCCGCACUCUCUGCAACUGUUUCUCUGGGUCCCACGGCCGCGCUCUACUCUUGGGUCAACGUGACGCAGUCCUGUCCCGGGCCGGUGACCUCCGUGUCGUCUCCAACAAGAACAUCCACGUGGCGCUGGCUACCCUGGUGCUCAACUACGCUGGAAGGUUGUACGGUCAACCCACCGAGAUCGAGGCGAAGGCGCAGUGCUUAUCAGUGGCCAGCACCGCCUUAGAGGUCGUACACGACAAAGAGGCCGUCUUCAGGCUGCUGGUGGCCCUGGGGACCACAGUGGCCGGGGACAGCACCGCAAAGGACCUUGCACGAUCUUUGGGUGUCAACUCUCAGAUUUCUAAAUAUGCCAGGGUCUCUGAUCCGGCUAAAGUGGGCGAGUGCUGCCGACUAGUGCUUGAUGAACUGCAGUGAUGUUAUGAAGGUGAACCAGCUUCUCCUUCCAUUACUACUCCUCCAUGAGAAAAGCCCUCUUUCAGAUCUCUUAAACCUCAAUCUAUAUAUUAGUUUGUAUUUAAAUUUUCACAUUUUGAAGCUGAAUGGAUCUGAAUGAAUGCAUGAUGUGAAUAAACACUGGUGAUCAGUUGAAAUCUUUCCUAAAGCAAGGCUCAUGUUUUUGAUGUAGAUCAGUGGUUCUCAACCUUUUUGACUCGAAUGCCCCCAUAACCAAUUUAGGUUGCC